GAGCUUGUGAAAGACAGAGUCAAUAGGAGCUCUCCUCUUUGAUCAAUAUACUCAUCAUACUAGAGUCUUCUCUCUACAAACUAAAGAAAAACAAAAGACUUAACUGCACGACACCCUUAAAUCAAUAAUCUUUCUGAAUUUUAGCCGAGAAGAAGAAAAAGAAGAAGAAGAAGAUGGCAUCCAACACGAUUGAUUUGUUGAAGCAGGAACUUCCCGUCGAACAAGAUUCUUUGCUUCUCAAUGGCGAUGUUAAGACCGGACUUGUUCUUGUUGAUAUCGUUAAUGGUUUCUGUACCGUCGGCGCUGGCAAUUUGGCCCCUAAACAGCCUGAUAAGCAAAUUUCUACGAUGGUUGAGGAGUCGGUGAGGCUUGCUAGAGCUUUCUGUGACAAGAAAUGGCCUGUUUUCGCUUUUCUUGAUUCUCAUCAUCCUGAUAUUCCGGAGCACCCUUACCCUCCUCACUGUAUUGCUGGAACUGAUGAGGCAAGACUCGUUCCAGAAUUGCAGUGGUUGGAGAAUGAAGCUAACGUUACGCUCAAAUGCAAGGAUUGCAUCGAUGGGUUUCUGGGUUGCAUGGAGAAAGAUGGCUCCAAUGUGUUUGUAGAUUGGAUAAAAAAUAAUCAGAUCAAAGUUAUACUGGUGGUAGGAAUAUGCACGGAUAUAUGCGUGCUAGAUUUUGUAUGUUCAGCACUAUCUGCCAGAAAUCGUGGUUUUCUUGCUCCUCUAGAGGAUUUGAUUGUGUUCUCUCGAGCUUGUGCGACCUUUGACAUUUCACUUCAUGUUGCUAGAGCUGUCAAAGAUGCUAUAGCACAUCCACAGGAACUGAUGCAUCACAUAGGCCUGUACAUGGCCAAGGGAAGGGGUGCUAAGGUAGUCUCAGAGGUGUUUUUUAGUGCAUUGCAGUAACCAUGAUCUUAGCCCAUGAGUGCUGGCAGUGAGGUUUUCUUAUAUGUGGAAAGAUAUGAUGUCAUAAAUAGAUUCUCUUUAAAUGUUGGUUUAUUCAAGUGUAUUCCAAGUAAUUUGGUUGCUGAUAUGAGGUAUUGUAAACUGCCAAGUGUAUUCAUAUCCUGUGCAGUUUCAGUUAAUUAGGAAAGGGAAAACAUUGUGUAAUCUGUAUAAUUUCUUGCUUGAAUUAUAUCUUAGAAGUAUAUCAAAAGGAAUAUAAUGAGUAUAUUAUUGAAAUAUAUUUUAA